CAGCCAUGACAGUUUUAUCGUCAAUUGGCCAGUGAUUCGUUCAGACCGGUUUAGACUUUUGUGUGCAUCGUUGGCUAUAUAUUCUACAUUGUAAUCAUCAAUUUUUAACAUUUGUUGUUGCAAAUAUCAUCUUCAUUCAUAAUGGGUGAUGUUAAAAGUGAAGAUUUGGCAACUGCGAUUCUUCGCAAGAAAGACAAGCCAAACAGACUUCUUGUUGAUGAAGCAGUUAAUGAUGAUAAUUCAGUUGUUGUAUUAUCACAAGCUAAAAUGGAUGAACUUCAAUUAUUCCGUGGUGAUACGGUAUUGUUGAAAGGUAAAAGAAGAAAAGAAACAGUUUGUAUUGUAUUAUCAGAUGAAACAUGUCCAAAUGAAAAAAUUCGUAUGAAUAGAGUUGUACGUAAUAAUUUACGUGUACGUUUAAGUGAUAUUGUAUCUGUACAAGCAUGCCCAGAUGUAAAAUAUGGUAAACGUAUACAUGUUUUACCAAUGGAUGAUACUGUUGAAGGUUUAACUGGUAAUUUAUUUGAGGUUUAUUUAAAACCAUAUUUUUUGGAAGCAUAUCGUCCAAUUCAUAAAGAUGAUAACUUUAUUGUACGUGGUGGUAUGAGAGCAGUUGAAUUUAAAGUUGUACAAACUGAUCCUGGUCCAUUUUGUAUUGUUGCACCUGAUACUGUUAUACAUUGUGAAGGUGAUCCAAUAAAACGUGAAGAAGAAGAAGAAGCAUUAAAUGCUGUUGGUUAUGAUGAUAUUGGUGGUGUACGUAAACAAUUGGCACAAAUUAAAGAAAUGGUUGAAUUACCAUUACGUCAUCCAUCAUUAUUUAAAGCAAUUGGUGUUAAACCACCACGUGGUAUAUUAUUAUAUGGACCACCUGGUACUGGUAAAACACUUAUUGCACGUGCUGUUGCUAAUGAAACUGGUGCAUUUUUCUUUUUAAUAAAUGGACCAGAAAUAAUGAGUAAAUUAGCUGGUGAAUCUGAAUCAAAUUUACGUAAAGCAUUUGAAGAAGCUGAAAAAAAUUCACCAGCAAUUAUAUUUAUUGAUGAACUUGAUGCAAUUGCACCAAAACGUGAAAAAACACAUGGUGAAGUUGAAAGACGUAUUGUAUCACAAUUAUUAACAUUAAUGGAUGGUAUGAAACAAAGUUCACAUGUUAUUGUUAUGGCUGCAACAAAUAGACCAAAUAGUAUUGAUGGUGCAUUACGUCGUUUUGGUCGUUUUGAUAGAGAAAUUGAUAUUGGUAUACCAGAUGCAACUGGACGUCUUGAAAUAUUACGUAUACAUACUAAAAAUAUGAAACUUGCUGAUGAUGUUGAAUUAGAACAAAUUGCUGCUGAAAGUCAUGGACAUGUUGGUGCUGAUCUUGCAUCAUUAUGUUCAGAAGCUGCAUUACAACAAAUUCGUGAAAAAAUGGAUUUAAUUGAUCUUGAAGAUGAUCAAAUUGAUGCUGAAGUACUUGCAUCACUUGCUGUUACAAUGGAUAAUUUUAAAUAUGCCAUGACUAAAAGUAGUCCAAGUGCAUUACGUGAAACAAUUGUUGAAGUACCAACAGUUACAUGGGAUGAUGUUGGUGGUUUACAAAAUGUUAAAAAAGAAUUACAAGAAUUGGUACAAUAUCCAGUUGAACAUCCAGAUAAAUUUCUUAAAUUUGGAAUGCAACCAUCAAGAGGUGUAUUAUUUUAUGGACCACCUGGUUGUGGUAAAACAUUACUUGCUAAAGCAAUUGCAAAUGAAUGUCAAGCAAAUUUUAUAUCUGUAAAAGGACCAGAAUUAUUGACAAUGUGGUUUGGUGAAUCUGAAGCAAAUGUCAGAGAUGUUUUUGAUAAAGCAAGAUCAGCAGCACCAUGUGUAUUAUUUUUUGAUGAACUUGAUUCAAUUGCUAAAUCACGUGGUGGUUCUGCUGGUGAUGGUGGUGGUUCAGCUGAUCGUGUUAUUAAUCAAAUUUUAACUGAAAUGGAUGGUAUGGGAGCUAAAAAAAAUGUAUUCAUUAUUGGUGCAACAAAUCGUCCUGAUAUUAUUGAUCCAGCAAUAUUAAGACCUGGUCGUCUUGAUCAAUUAAUUUAUAUUCCAUUACCAGAUGAUAAAUCACGUGAAGCUAUAUUUAAAUCUAAUUUACGUAAAUCACCAGUUGCUAAAGAUGUUGAUUUGUUAUACAUUUCCAAGGUUACACAUGGUUUUUCUGGUGCUGAUUUAACUGAAAUUUGUCAACGUGCUUGUAAAUUGGCAAUAAGACAAUGCAUUGAAUCUGAAUGUCGUAGAGAAAAAGAACGUGCUAAUAAUCCAUCUGUAUCAAUGGAUAUGGAUGAAGAUGAUCCAGUUCCUGAAAUAACACGUGCUCAUUUUGAAGAAGCAAUGAGGUUUGCUCGUCGUUCAGUCUCUGAUAAUGAUAUCAGAAAGUAUGAAAUGUUUGCACAAACACUUCAACAAUCACGUGGAUUUGGCACAAACUUUAGAUUCCCACAAAAUGCUGGAACAAGUGCUCAAGAGACAACGCAAGGAGACCAGACUUUCCAAGAUGAUGGUGAUGAUGAUCUCUAUAGUUAAGUCUACAUUAAUCUUGUAUUUUAUUGCAGAAAAAAAUAGUCUGUAAAUGAGCCUGUCUCGGUUACUUUAUUUCUGUUUUUUUUUUUUUUUUUCUCUUUUUUUAAUGGCUAUCGUGUGGUUUUUACACAUUCAUCAUAAUUGUCGAUUGAUAAAUGAAACAUAAUUAAUAAAAAUAAAUGAAAACAUCAAAUUAAAUGAUACAUUUAAUUAAAAAUAAAUAAAAAAACAAAAAAAAAAUAUAUAAAAAUAAAACUCUAUUGUAAUCAUCUAUCUCUUUAUACCAGCCCAUAAUUUAAAAUAAAAAAAAAAAAUAAUAAACGUAUGGAUGCUUUAGCCAGUGUUUAGUUAAGAG